AUGUUGUCCCCUACCGUCCUUGUCGACCGUCUGGCCGUAGACAAACCGAACGACGUGUGGGCCAAAACCCCCGCGACUUCAUUCCAAGGAGAAGCCGGCUGGGAGGACAUCACCUUUUCCCUCCUCAAAAAUGCCGUCGACGCGACGUCUGAUUUCAUCGUCCGGAAAUUUGGGCCAGGAGAGACUGAGGAGGUGCUUGCUUACAUGGGUAUCAAUGAUAUCCGGUACCCCUUUGUCAUUCUCGGCGCCCUCAAGGCAGGCUACAGGACCCUUUCACCAUCGCCCCGUAACUCAAAAGAGGGGAACUUGGCGCUCCUCAAGACAACAAAAUGCUCAAAGUUUCUUUGCUCGGGGGAAUUCUUUUCUCAUAUCGCCAAGCUGUCGACAUCCAUGCCGAGCCUCCAAAUGCUCCAGAUCCCAACCGUCGACGAACUUCUCAUGCCGUUCACCCCCGCUUCGACAACUCCAAAGGGACGGGCCAGCUACUCAGACCAUGAGACUCUCAUAAUCCUCCACACAAGCGGCACAACCGGCCUCCCCAAGCCCAUCCACAUCAAGGCCGGCGUCUUUUCCACCUUUGAGACGAUCACAUCGAUCCCCACCCCGCCAGGCCGCACCAGCACCCACUGUUCUCUCCUCCUCACCCGCCUCGUCUUAUCCGUGACUCCUUUUUUCCACAUCUUUGGCAUAAACUUCCUCCUCCGUGCCCUCCACUACCAAAAGCCCAUCGUCCUCCUCCCAGCCGACAAGCCACCCACAGCGGAGCUCAUCCUGGAAUGUAUCGUCAAGACCAAGCCCAGCGCCCUUGCCUCGGCCCCUUCUAUGAUAGAAGACAUCUGCCGCCUCCCGACUGGCCUCUCCGUCCUCUCCACUCUGGACUUUGUCUUUUACGGUGGCGCCCCUCUGGCAGAAGCGUGCGGGAACCAAAUCUCAGAGGUGACUUCCCUCUACAACGGCAUCGGAUCCACCGAGGCCUUCUUCAUGCCUACGCUCCGGCUCAAAGACCCCAAAGACUGGCAGUAUUUCGAGUGGAACCUAGAGGCUGGCAUGGUGAUGGAGCCGACGGAGGAGAACCCCAACUUGGCAGAGGCGGUAAUCAAGCGGCGUCCAGAUGGCAAGUACCAGUUUGCCUUUUGGAACUUUCCGGAAUUGCAAGAAUGGCGGACUCAUGACCUGUUUGAGGAGCAUCCCACCAAGAAGGGGCUGUGGAAGUUCGUCGGGAGGCUGGAUGAUAUCAUUGUCUUGAGUAACGGAGAAAAGGUCAACCCGGUGGCGUUUGAGAAGAUUGUUGAUGGCCAUCCGUGGGUUCAGGGGGCUUUGAUGCUUGGCGCGGGACAUUUCCAAGCUGGGAUACUGAUUGAGCCAUCAAAGGAUCAUCAGGGUGAUGACAAGGAAGAGUUUAUCGACAAGAUCUGGCCGUUGAUCGAGGAGGCCAACGCCGAGUAUCCUGCGUAUGCGAGAGUGUGGAGGUCAACAAUUAUGUUGACCAAGCCAGAGAAGCCGUUCAAACGAGCUUCCAAAGGCUCCAUGAUGAGACAGGCGACGUGUAAGUUGUACGAAACCGAGAUCGAGCAGCUUUACAAGACGCAGGAAAUGGCUGUCGAGGAAUCUGAUGCAGCAGGCCAAAGCAAUGAGGAUGUUCAAGAACUUGUUCGGAAAACCGUCCGCUCUGUCCUCGGAAGUCGGGCGGCAAGGCUGACUGAUGAUGCCAAUAUUUUCCAACUGGGCGCCGACUCGUUGCAGGCAUUGCAGCUUAGCCGUAUCUUGACUUCGUCUCGCCUUAAAUGCAACGCCAAAACAGUCUAUGACAAUCCGACUGUCGUCCAGUUAGCAAAGGCAGUCAGUGCUUCUAAAAAAGACCAAAGCCCUGAGAAUGCGGUCUCCCGCGAAGAGCGCAUGUCAGCCAUGAUCUACCGCCACUCGCGCUUCCCGAAGUUGGUAUCACCCCCCUCACCUCCCAAGUCACCGCCCGCAACCUUCAACGUCCUCCUCAUCGGCUCGACCGGAUCGUUGGGAAGUUACAUUCUCAAAGAGCUCCUAGACACACCGGACAUAUCCCAGAUCUUCUGCCUCAAUCGCUCUGUGAGCGCCCGAGAGCGUCAACAAAAGUCCUUUGACGAUCGUGGUCUUGGUUCCAUCUCCCCAUCCCGAGUCCAGUACUUCACAGGUGAAACCUCGGCGCCCAACUUUGGCCUCGAGUUCCCUCAUGACUUCGCCUCUCUCCAGCAGCAAACCGACAUGAUCAUCAUCAAUGCCUGGCCCGUCAACUUCAACAGCCCACUCGAGGCUUUUGAGCCCGUCAUCGCCGGCACAAAGCAGUGCGCCGACUUUUCUUCAGGCUCCCCUCGCAAACCUCACAUCGUGUUCAUCUCCUCCGUCGCAAGCAUCCUCAACUGGGCUGCCGUUCGCCACAUCCCCGAAGACGGCAGCGAGAUCAUCAUCGGCGAAGACUGGGACCCGGACAACAGCCUCCCGGCCAAACAGGGAUAUGGCGAGUCAAAACACGUCGCGGCAUCCAUCUUAUCCAACGCCCUCCACGCAGGCCACAUCAACUCGGUCGCCGUCCUCCGAGUCGGCCAGCUCGCUGGAGCAGCCGAAAAGUCCGGUGUCUGGAACCGACAAGAAUGGCUCCCCUCCCUCCUCAAAACCUCCACCGCAACCCUCCACCUCCCCUCCUUCCUCCCCUUCCCCAUCGACUGGGUCCCCACCGACCUCGCCGCCCGCGCCGUCGUCGACCUCUCCCUCUCCUCCUACCACCGCUCCACCACCACCGUCCAAACCUUCAACCUCGUCAACCCCCACACAGUUUCCUGGUCCUUCCUCGUCCCCGGAAUCCAAGAGUUCUACUCCCCCACCCGCAACAUCAAAAUAAUCCCCUACACCGACUGGGUCGACGAGCUGAAGCGCGUUAGCGCCACAGCCACCGAUGAGCAGAUCGAGCAGAUGCCCGCGUUGAAACUCCUCGACUUCUUCGAGGGACUAAACAAGGCACCUGCUGCCAGCACAGGCGGAGAGGAGGGCAAGCAGGUCGACGUGAGGUUCGCGACGGGACACGCCGUGGCGAAGAGCAAGGCGAUGGCGGGGAUGGGUGUGAUCAACGGUCGGAUGAUGAGGAAGUGGAUGGAAGAAUGGGGAUUUUAA